AUGGCCAUACGUGGGAAGAAUGAGAAGGAGUUGCUUUCAGAGUUCAUAUCGAAAAAUAGGGUUGUUAACUGCAUAUCUCAGUUUGGAUGGGAAAGACAAUUUCAACAUGCAUUCACUCAUGAAAUGUUCAAGUUGAUUCAAGAGCAGAUUAAGCGCUUGUGGUACUGCGAUGUGAAUCCACCAAAUGACGAUGAAGAGAGCAAUGAGCAUGGCACGGAGAGAUAUAAUAUAUUGGAGAGGUGCAUAAUCAAUGAUUGGUACCACAUGGAGUUUGCCUACAGGGUUAAGCAAAAAGAAAAUGGGCAAUAUUUCAGCUGCAAUUGCAAAAAAUUCGAUUCAAGUAGAAUACUUUGUUGCCACAUCUUGAAAGUGAUAGUUGCAAAAGGCAUCGAGAAGAUGGAGUAUGUUAAGAGGCAACUUCGAGCUUUGCAAGUGAAUUUAUCAGAAUGGAAUGAUGGAUUAUUAGCUUCUGCAAUAGGCUCAGAAAAUGUUAGCAUUGCAAAUUCAGAUAGUUCAGUUGCUGUUUUGAAUCCAAAUGAGGCUCGUAGCCGCGGAAGGCCACGAAGCAAUCGAUUCCAAUCAAGACAUGAAUUGAAUGGAGGAAGCAACCGUAGCAAAACUAGAGGUAGGAGAGGUCGACGUGGAUGCGGCACACGUGUAGCUGGUGGAGGGCGAACCACAAACUUCGUCAUACAAAAUAAUAUAGAUUAG